CAUGACAAGUGUCCAUAAAUCAGUUGGAUUCCACAAACUGUAAAGAGAUGUUGAAAGAGCAAAACCAGACGUCUAUAACUCCAAAUAAUUAAAAAAAAAAUUAUUUAUUACUUUAUUACUUUUACUAAUUUUUAACUUCACCGUACAGGAAGACCAGACAGAAGUAAAGAGAAGCUAAGUACAGUAUAUGGUUUUGGAAAGUCAAAGAUCUAGAGCUCAGAAAUGGACCAGCCUGCGAACAUGUAUGUAUGGAACAAAAGAUUGUAGAGGAGAAGGGAAACGGCAGUGCAAUAUGGGAGUUAGAGGAAGGUCCAUUUUGGCUGUCAUCAUCAUCAUAAUCUCUCUUUUCUCUGCAUGGCUCUAUGGUGGUUUGGAUCGUCACUUGGACUACUGCAGAAAGAAUUUCAUGACAAAAGAUCAGUCUAUCAUUAAGAACAGGAGUAACAUCUCGUCAGAAGACACCCCGCCUCCACUGGACGUUUGUCCAGGACAGAAAUUCCAGAUUUCUUACUUGCUGAUGCAUCUGCAGGCUGCACCUGUGUCAACCAAUGAUGUUUUGCUAAAGCCAUACCUAGCCAGCUGGGAUGAGCUCAUCAAGUUCAUGGAGACCUUGGGACCAAUGGUUGGUAUAAUCUCCCAGGAAAUUGAGUCCAAGACAUCCAUUAUCCACGAGCUUGCCAAAAAAGAGGAAGAGGAAAAUAAUCAGCAAGAAGGGAAAGACUCAGCCUCACAUGGUGCAUAUGUUUCAGUGCGCUCCAUGAUGGUAUCAGAGCUGGAGCGGGGUUUUGUAAACUUUGAUCAGUUGACGGAAUCAGGUUGCAGGACUCUACUACGCCUUCAUCGAGCGCUUCUCUGGUUGCAGCUCUUUUUGCACAGCCUGGCUGAUGAAAAGAGGGAAACAAUGAUGCGUAGUCCAUCUGAACUCUGUCGAGAGGCUUAUCGAAUCACACUGGCUCAGCACCACUCAUGGUGGGUGAAAAAGGCGGCGGAGCUGGCUUUCAUGGCCAUGCCUGAAAGACAAUUCUUCUACAAACUGAUGUGCGUGAGAACACAGUCGGAGGCAACAGCUUUGUUAAACAGAGUGGUCAAAGCCAUUCAGAUAGUGUAUGACAGAACUCAAGUGGCACUGGUGGAACAUGAUAUGCUAGAACUACCAUAAAUACAUAGUAUGUGGACAUAUAUUGGUAAUAUAAUAACAUACAUUAUCACAGCAUUUAGUGAUGCCAUAAUGAUAUAAUGUCACAACAUGCUAGCAACAUGCUAUAAGGACACAGCAUGCUAGCAGUACCAUAAGGAUCCACAGCAAGCUAUCAUUACCGUAAGGACACAAGGCAGGUUAGCAAUACCAUGAGGACAAAAAGAAUGGUAGCAACACCAUAAGGACACAGAGCAUGCUAGCAAUGCCAUAAGGAGCCAUAAGCACAGUAUCCUUAUAGUGUUGCUAGCAUCCUGUUUGUUUUUAUGUUACAGUUAGCAUGUUGUGAUGCUAGUGAUAACGUAUAGAUGUACAGUUUGCUAGCAAUCCCAUUAUCAUGCCCAUCAUGCUAGUUCUAGUUUGACACAGUGCAGCUAACAUUUCCAAAUGUACGCAUGAAAACGUUCAAAUGGAAAAUGCUGUCAUGUGCACUGUCACAAAUCAAAAAUGGCCCACAUUAAGUAAUUGUUAAGUAAAUAUUUGGCAGACAAUUUUUGGAAAGUCGUGAUAUUUAGCAUGUAUGACCUUUCAUUAGGUCACUAUUUUAUCAUAUCAGGGUUUACAACAUACUGAUACUUUAAGAGAGUUUGGACUCUGCCCUUUUUAUAGACGGUGCAGACAGAAAGACAUAAAUAAACACAAUAAUCAAUUAACAGUACUGUUACCAACUUGGAGAGAGUCUCAAACAGGUACCAAUAAAGUACACAACUUCAACUGCUGGACCUACCUGUGACCAACAAACUCAGUUCCAGUUUUCUUGCCCUGAACAUUUAUUGUACAGGUAUGCAUUGCGAUGGGAUUUUGUGGGACCAAACAAACACCAAACAAACAUAUUUGUGACCUUGAAAUACACUAUAAGGACAAAGGUUUGUGAUAACCUGACAUCACAUCCCAAGAAUCUACAGUAACAGGAACUAAAAGGCCCAAACAUGUUCCAGAUUGACAGUAGACAUGGUUUAGAAAGUUUGGAGUAGACUUCAGCAUUCUGACCUCAAUCCAAUUGAAGACCCAUGAGAUGAACUGGAACACAGACGGCACCCAAGGCCUCCACACCUGACAUCAGUGCCUAAUGCUCUUGUAGAUGAAAAAAUACAAAUCCCUUCAGCUAAAUCUAGUGGAAAGUCUUCCCCAAAGACCGGAGGAUAUUAUAACAGUCAAAGGGGACUAAUCUUGAAUGAGAUGUUCAACAAGCACAUAUGGGUGUGAUGGUCAGGUGUCCAGAUACUUUUGGACAUAUUGUGUUUUUCUGACCUCAAGGUACAUUUUUGAACUUGGGUUCAAGAAUAUUUGCAUGAUUUUUUUUACUCUUUGAGAAUAAACCCUGUUCCACCUAUGCCCCUCAAUAACUCCCCCAGAAGCUGGUUAUAUUUUAUAUUGUAAAACUGGCCAUUCUAGCCAUUCAGAACUAUGUAGCAGUUGUGUGUUUACAUACCUGUCCAGAAGCAACAUCUCCAAUUAUCUAUUCUGGUAAUGAAGUUCACUGGUAAUAAAGUGCUCCAUUUUGGAACGUGUUA